AUGCGCGGCGAGUGGCUCACCCCGCUUGGAAGCUCCGCCACGCAUGAGUACUACCGCUCUAUUCAAGAGAAAGUUAUCGUGUGGUGGCGGGAGCACCAGCGCCAAGACCUCCCAUGGCGUCAAACGCUCCCUCGUGGCAGUGGUGACGUAAGCGGAGAAUUUGCCGGGGAGGAUCACCGUACAAGUGCAACGACGCCGCGUUAUGAUCCAUACCGAGUGUGGGUGUCUGAAGUAAUGUCGCAACAGACACGCAUGGAGACCGUCAUACCGUACUACAUAGCGUGGAUGAAAAAGUUUCCGUCGAUUAGGACGCUCGCCGCGUCGACGGAAGACGAGGUCAAAUCUGUGUGGGCUGGAAUGGGGUACUACCGCCGCGCUAUGAACCUUCGCAAAGGUGCGCAGUACCUCCUGGAGUGGUCCAAGGAGCGAGGGGAAACUGCUACGCCUUGUAUGCCGUCCUCCCAAGAGGAGCUCUUGAAAGUCCCUGGGAUAGGUCCAUACACGUCGGCUGCCAUUGCGUCAAUGUGUUUCGGCGAAUCUGUGUGCUCUGUGGACGGUAAUGUGAUACGCGUCCUGAGUCGUCUCCGCGGCGAGCGAGAUUUCGAUCCCAAAGUCUCGGCAAAUAUCAAAGAGGCGACGAGGUGGGGACAAGAGCUCAUGGGCAACUCACCCACCACCUCCGCCGUGAUUUGCCGAGACCCGAGCGCCUUGAAUCAAGGACUGAUGGAGUUGGGUGCGUCAGUGUGUCGCCCAGGCGGCGUGCCGCUCUGCAUCUCAUGUCCCUUAGAGCAGUUUUGCUGCGCCAGCGCGCUAGUGCGGUGUGGUGAGAUUGAGGCGAUCGAGGGUAUCAUACCGGUCCGUGCUGCAAAAAUGGCGAAACGCAGCGUGCGCGAGAUAUGUGUUGUGCACGAGAUGUCAGCCGAUCGCGCCUGUGACGCCAGGCGUUUUGUGAUUGUUCGCCGUCCAGCAGAUGGGCUGCUGGGUGGUAUGCUCGAGUUUCCUACCGUGAGCGCAUCCGCAGCAGAUGACGAGGAGGUUGCCGUACAUUUGGCGAAACACCCACUGAGCGUACUGACCUGGAAAGAGAAGGCAAGGCCAACAGGCGUCAGGUUGUGUGGAACAGUUCGGCACAUAUUCAGUCAUAUUAGCAUGGAUGUGGAGGUCGUUCACGUUCAAUGGCCCGCUGGGACCGACGGGGCUGCCUUGCUCAAGAGAGUCGCAGAGGUGGUGGAUGAUCACUGCACGGGCGACUACUGCAAGCUAUGCCCUACAGCUGCGCGCAUCUUCCUAAUGUCGGAAGCUGACCUGAGGCAGAGUGCACCGAGUCGUCUAAUGCUGAAAGUGCUCCAGAGGAUAUCGCCUAUGGAGGUCAAGCGAGUGCGCGGCAGUAGAGCUGGGACCCUAGCUAUUCAGGAGGGUUCUGACAUAUUGUCUCCGCAGAAGAAGGUGUCGAGAAGAGAGUUGGGGCACUUGUAA